UAGCUGUCAAUGGCACAAACAUAACAAAAACAGCAAAAUUACAAACCACAAUGCCUGGCACGAGGUCGAAAGUAAAACCACAAAAACAGUUCAAAAUUUCCCGUAGAAAAUUGUGUCGUGCAUUAGAAAGACUAGAUAGUUUGUCGAAAGAAACACAACCCACCGAACAAACCUUUCCCGGCUGUAAUGGCAGUAUAAUUAACCAGCUCAACACCAGCAGAUACUUGCAAUCCAUCAAUUUUAGGAGUAACUGGUUAAAUAUGUUCACAACUUCCGUCACACGCCAUGAUUGGGAUACUUUUAUCAAAACUCUCAGAUUAGCUUCUCAAAACCAGAAUCAUUGUGGAGUGUCAACCGUUAUGCGGAAUUCCGUCUUCGCCGUGCUAACACAUCCCAUCUACAAGGAUGAGGAGACAUUACGUUUAUUGUUGCAUACUAUUGCACCGUGUCGCAGCGAGAAUGAUAUCGAAUUUUGCAUUGAAACUAUCUUACGCACCUUCGAUGGUAACCCCGUCGACAGCUAAUGGCAGACGCGAUUAGUUCGCGGACAUCACUUCUGCAAAACUCAAGAUGGAUGGAUCAUGGAAAACUUCCGCUUCAUUGUCGUCAGCUAGUGGACUACUUGCCAGACCCCUUUGAUAAAUACGGAUCUACAUGUGCCCUAUGUUAAAUAGGGAAAACGAAUGUCGCUUUGUGAAAAUACGACAAUGAAUUAAAUUGCAUUUAACGAUACAAUUUUCAAAACAGGAGAAUGUACUUUUGAAGCAUGCAUUUCAUGCUCUAAUCACCCA